UGCUUUAAUUGUGUUAGAUUACGAUUCAGAUUCUAAACUUGUUAGAUUAUGAUUAACUUUCAUCUUGAUCUUUUAAUCUUAAUCUUUAAUCAUACUUCCCUGACAACGUCAUUGUUAUUAUGUUUGUAAGAGUAGAAUUUAAGAUCCAUCUCCUGUAUAACGACAUGUUUGUUGUUGUUGUUCUGGAUGAAAAGCCACUUAGGCACGUCUCCUCCUCAGUGAAACGAGAGGAGGCCCAAGAGGGCUCCAGUCUGAGGUGCGUACCCUCGUACGCAGUAGAGCAAAAAAGGAGACUUGAUGGGACUGCUGUCUGAAAGCGGUUCUAACGGUUCUAUCCCGUCAUUUGCUGGCUGCUUGUGUGGACGGCGAGAGAAGAGAGCGAGGGGACUUGAAGCGAAGCCAACAGGGGGAAGCGGUAGGGCCAGAAACAGCUGCCCCCCCCCCCCCCUCGUCCCCCAUGGAGAGACAGCAAGAGGAGCCUGAUGGAGUGAGAGGGCAGAUGACAGGAGAGUCUGUGAGUACGGGAGUGCUAGACCUUUGAGGGUCUUGGGGAAGCAAAGAAGCGGCAAGUGGAAAGGGGGAAGGGAGGCCAGGAGGAGGUGAGGAGGUGGCGAGUGUGUGCUUGCAUGCUUUGAGAGUGAGGAAACCUCGAGUGCGGGAGAGGAGAAGUGGAGAAAGACUGGAGGGUGACAGGAAGAGUUGUAAGAGGAGAAGAAUGACGAGACGUCAGGAGGUCUGGUCAUGUCGGACAUCAGACCUGAAACUUUGACAGGAAGACUUCAAGUGUGAAAAAUUCCGAUAACAGAAUUGAUGAUAGAGAGACGAAUGCUGGAAACAUGGGGUGCAUUCACAGCCUGGCCACCAGAAGGAUUAAGGACCACGAGAAUGACGCUGGAGGGAUCGCCCUCGUCACAGACCCUGAGGUACUCCCCGAGAUCCUGCAGCUUGCUGAGCAAUCCAAAGCAGCGAGCCACGCCUUCACCGAGAGGAGCUUCAAGAGGAGGCGCGUGUGUGAUGUGUGCGAGCAGACCAUAGACACCUCUGCUGCUUUCUGCAAGGACUGCAAGGUGGCCGUUCACAAGACGUGCGAAGCCAAGGUGCCCCCCACCUGUGCCUCGACCCCGGCCCAGCACAAUUCCAUUAAAUCUGCUUCACUGAGGAAAAGAGGCUCCAUGCCGAGAAGUAAAAGCGAGGAGCAAAUGAUGGAGCACGUGAUGGAGCGCCACUACGACUUCGACCUCACCUACAUCACUGAGAGGAUUAUCUCCGUGUUCUUCAUGCCCGAGCUUGAGGAGCAGCGCUACCGCCGGGAUCUACAGGAAAUGGCGUCCAUGCUGAAAUCCAAGCACCAAGACAAGUUCCUGCUUUUGAAUUUAUCAGAGAAGAGACAUGACAUCACAAGACUCAACCCAAAGGUGAAGGACUUUGGCUGGCCUGAUCUUCACGCUCCGCCUUUAGACGGGAUUUGCACCGUGUGUAAGGCCAUGGAGACCUGGCUGAGCGCUGAUCCUGAUAACGUCGUGGUUCUCCACUGUAAGGGGAACAAAGGUCAGACGGGGGUCAUUGUGGCCGCCUACAUGCACUACAGCAAGAUAUCAGCAGGAGUCGACCAGGCACUCACCACACUGGCAAUGAGGAAGUUCUGUGAAGAUAAAGUUUCGUCUUCCCUUCAGCCCUCUCAGAGCAGGUACAUCUACUACUUUGGAGGUCUCCUGUCUGGGUCCAUCAAAAUGAAUAGCAGUCCUCUCUUCCUCCACCAGAUCCUUAUUCCAUCUCUGCCAAAUUUCCAGACAGGAGGAGGAUACUUUCCUUUUGUGAAGAUCUACCAGUCCCUCCAGCUGAUCUACACUUCCUGUGUAUACAACCCUCAGUCCUCUCGAUCAAGGAAGCUGGGCGUGACGAUGGAACCAGCAUUAUUAUUAAAGGGGGACAUCAUGGUGAAGUGCUAUCAUCGCCGAAGCCAAGCACCGGAGCGGGAGGUGGUGUUCAGGAUCCAGUUCCAUACUUGCACCAUUCAUGGAGCCCAGCUCUGGUUUGGCAAGAAAGAACUAGACGUGGCCUGCUCAGAUGACAGGUUCCCUCGUGAUGCUGCGGUGGAAUUUAUCUUCUCUAGUGGACCAGAGAAAACAAAAGAGUACCAGAAGACCGACGCGUCUGUCCAAGUCCACUACAACACCUCGGAUCCGGUGGUCAGAUGGGAUUCUUAUGACAACUUCAACCUCCACCAUGAAGACAGCGUAGAAAAUAUUCCUCAUACCAGGGGUCCUCUGGAUGGAAGUCUGUAUGCUCAGGUGAGGAAACGACGUGGACCCGAUCAGACCUCCUCGCCCAACGGUUGCCUCACCGCCAGCCCGACGGUGAAGCCGCAACCUCGUACCAGAACACCAGAAGAGAACCACUGCGCUUCCACGUUCCACUCUGAAAGAGAGAACACGGAACGUUUGAUGGCGAAGCGUGGAGAAAGCGACAGCAGGCAGAAAUUAGGAGGGAACGAGAAGGACGGAGAGACGGAGAUCUUAGAAGAUGGAGACCCGUCAGGUCUGGGAGGGCUAAGGAGGGAACACUCGUGUUGCGGUCGGGCAGGCGGGGGGCAGCAAUGGGAGCGGGAGCCCCCCCCCUCGAACGGUCGCUGCUCCGGAUGUUGCAGCAGCAUGAAGAAACAUCCCAAGAGUCAAACUCUUCCCGCCGUGCCGUCCAAGUCCAUAUCUUCUCCGCCACACAUGACGCACAUGGACCUCUGCCAUCGCCAUAGCGUCCAUCCUUUACCGGAGUUACCAUGGGAACGGCCCCCCCCACCCCUGUCUUGCCUCCACAGGCCGUUCUUUCCUUAUUCGCCUCCCGAACUUGCACACCCCCACAGUCACACCCUGCCCGCCUCGAGCAGACACUACACCGAUGAUGAACGGCGAGUCUUCCACUACGCCAGCCAUGCCCCGCCCACUCACGCCUCCCCCCAAUCACUCCCCCCCAGCCCGUACAGAGACAUGUUCUUCGGUUCUUCAACUGGUUGUCCCUGCCGGGAAUGCUCCAGCAGGCGAGACCACCACACGGCCUCGGUCCGAGCGUUCCAUCCGCUGCAUCCGGAACAAGCCGCGGCGUUCCAACGAACUCGAGAGGCUCCGUGGGAGAGUCCAAAUCCUUGGGAGAUGCCGAGAGAGGCGGAGCUUUGGCCGUGUCAAUCAGCCGUUCCGCCAUUUCACAUCUGCCACGCGUUGGAUCAGGGCGCCAACCCGGAGCAGCCGCGCUUCGUCCUCGGACCUCAGCGGAGCUUUCCCGGACCCCGGUCUCUGAUGGACAUGCGGGACGACGCCGCCGCCACCGCCGGCGGGGGGUACCGUACGCCUCCGCUUCCACGCCACUCCUGCCCUUGUUCUCCUCAGCAGUCAUCUCCUGCUGAGAGCCGCGAGAGUCGAGGUUACGCCUCCGGUUACGUCUCCGGGUCCGCAUCUCCUCUACCUGCUGGGAGCCCCUCGCCUGGGAGAGGGGGACUACCAGAGACCCCCCCGGUAUCUACAGAUCCUGAUGUCCAAGUUUCAGAGAUCCACGUAUGUCAGGGGUCAAAGGGUAAACCUGACCGGUCGAGCACCCAGACCCUGGACUCUGAUCCUGACUACACAGUCAUAAGUGGCGGCAGCCCCCCCCACACGGAAGACAGUGUAAAUGCUGUCAUCCCUCAAAGUGAAGAGGCAAAGCCAGAAAUACAAACUUCCACCGACUUCCACGCGUCACCUGAGCUCUCCCGGAGUCCACCGACCAAUGGAAUUGAAGCAAAGGUCAAAGGACAUGAAGAGGGCACGACGAUCAUCAUCACCCCCGUGGAAGACCAAGUUAGUGGCUCAGAUGUUCCCGGUGAAGGCCCGUCGGCGAACAGCAACCUUUCAGCUGGUACCAAUCCCAGCCCUUCCCAAAAUAGUCCCAUUGAGUCCAUGAACCAUAAUUCCUCCCCAUCGGCUCCAGAUCCACCAGGAAGUAGACUAACACCUGAACGAGAUAACUCAACCGACACCAAGCCGCCGUCACCCACGCCUGACGGCUAUCACACGCCAACGUUCCCCAUGGCGUCGUAUUACUAUCCUAUGCUAAGCGUCCCCCGCGUCCCGUACACCGGCUACACCGCCGUGACCAUCCCGGCCGCCCAGCCGCCGCUCCCGGAGAAGAAACGGCUUUCUUCAACAGCAGGACCGCCGAACGGGCACGCCUCUCUUCUCCAGGGCUCGCCCGCCCCGUCACCCACGCACCAUGUGACCUUGUCCCCCACCGCGGGGUCUUCGCAGUUCGGGAGCAGGGAGGACGUGGACCUCAGAGUCAAUGCCAAGUUCGUCCAAGACAGCUCCAAGUUCUGGUACAAACCCGGCAUCUCCAGGGACCAGGCCAUUGCGGUGUUGAAGGACCAGGAACCGGGAACGUUCCUCAUCAGAGACAGUAACUCCUUCCAAGGCGCGUACGGGCUGGCCCUCAAGGUGGCCACGCCUCCUCCUAACGCCAACAACACGGGUAGCACAGCGGAUGUCCAGGAACAGCUGGUGAGACACUUCCUCAUCGAGACCGGACCCCGGGGGGUCAAGAUCAAGGGCUGUCAGAACGAGUCCUAUUUCGGGAGUUUAUCCGCCCUGGUGUACCAACAUUCCAUGACUCCCAUCUCUCUGCCCUGCGCCCUCCGCAUCCCAGAACGAGACCUCGUUGGCGAGCUUCCCGGGACGAGGACUGUAACCAACACCAGCACGGCUGCCGACCUCCUCAAGCAGGGAGCAGCCUGCAGCGUUCUGUACCUGAACUCCGUGGAGACGGAAUCGCUAACGGGACCCGAGGCGGUUUCUAAGGCGACCAAAUGCACGCUGGCUCUGACGCCACGUCCGUCUGCUACGGUGGUCCAUUUCAAGGUUUCGUCUCAGGGCAUCACGCUAACUGACAGCAAAAGGAGAUUAUUUUUCAGGAGGCAUUACCCGAUCAGCAGCGUGACUUUCAGCAGCCUUGACCCCCAAGACCAGAGAUGGACUAACUGUGAUAGCACGUCCAGCAAGAUGUUCGGCUUUGUUGCCAGACGCAGCGGCGGCAGCACGGAGAAUGUGUGCCACCUUUUUGCCGAGAUGGACCCGGAACAACCUGCUGUGGCGAUUGUCAAUUUUAUCAAUAAAGUUAUGUUGGGACCACAGCUACGCAGAUGAAAAACGUUGAACUAUGACAUCGCGGGUGGGUAUACUACGUGCACUGUGAGAAGGUCUUUGGUCUUCACCGACUUUCUUUUUCACAUCAUUACAUUGAUGUCAUAAUGGAUUAGUCUGCUUUUGAUUGUGUGGAAUUGCUUUACCGUCAUAAAGCGUCAUACAUCAUCUUACAAAGCAUACAAUUACAUAGAAAUAUGUAUAAAUGUGUAUUGGAAAUGACAAAAACAAAUCUUAUAUGACGCAUUUCUGUUUUUAAUUUCAUAGUCUACGUUAAUAUUUAACAGUUGCAGGCAAGAAUGUAGACGCAAUGAAAUGUGUGAAACGUAGAAGUAAAAAGGACGGCCGGUCACGAACAAAUCAACUCAUUCAAGACGGAACAUCAAUACUCAUCUUUUUUUGCGGCUGGAAAUAAGCUGGCCUUACUUUUGUAAUGUUAGAAUGUUUCACAAUGGAAGGAAAAACACGACGUAACGCUGCUAAGGUCGUUUUUAACAGAGACGUUACAUCACUUUCUCCAUGCCUCAGAAUGACCGCACGUUUGAAAACAACCAAGAUCCUUGGGAACUAAAUCAAACCAAAGACUUAUUCUGUAUUUUUAACUUUAGAUUUUUUAUUUAUCAUUUGCUUUUGUCACUUUUGUUGUUGUUGUUUUUUUAUAUAAACCUGGACAGUAUGACUUCAUAAUAUUUGUUUGUAUAAGAAGUAAUAUAUUUUAGGUCUCCUAAGAAGAAUUGUAUGAAAUAAAGUGCUACAUAAAAAAACACAAUACUAUUUGUCUCUCGUCAUGACUAAAUCACACGUGAUCGCAUCUUCGGUUGAGAUGUUCUAAUCAUCCAUACUUGUACCAUCAUGUAAUCAUAUAACCAGGUAAUCAUACUUGUACCAUCUCGUUGAAAGUGUUGCACAGUACAGGCGUAGUACAGUACAGUACUACUGUACUGUACAGCACUGACGACAAAUCAUGAGCAAUGAUAUGACCUAUUUUUGACACGACUUGUCCUCCCCAA